UAGAUAAGAAGGAAAAAUAAAAUGUUGCGGUGCGGAGUUUUCUUGAAUUUUUUUAAUGCUAAGUCUUGUUAAUUUUUACCUGUAAUGUUUUUAAGUAGCCAUCAUCUGAAUGAUUAAUUACUUUUGUACCAUGUCAUUACCAAGCUGUCUAUCAGUUUCCUAAUAGGAGAAUGAUAUCAAGAUCCUGUACGCUCUGCAACAGUUGUCUAUUAUUCAUAUUACUAUUGUAUUUGACUGUGGGAGCAGAAUGGCAGGUGAACACGAAACGCUAUUGCGACAACAAGGCUACUGCAGCGAUUGCCUCUCGGACUCUGACUGGUCUGAAAGUAGUUUAUCCUCGUCUUGCAGCACCUCCUCUUCAGAUCAUUCCUAUUAUCAUGGCAGCUCCCACCAUGAGUGGAAAAAUGAAAUUAUGCCGAACGGUCAGGUCUUUCACAUAAGAUCUGAGAAACUAACGUUGAAAACUGUCGCUGAAAAUACUGCUCAACCAACCACAAAUGGCAGAAAUGGAAGGGAAAAAUCGACCACCGAAAAACUGGUGAGACUGAUAAGGAGAAGAAACAGUCGAAGAACCAGGAAAAAACAUGUUACAGAUAUAGUCGCAGAUAGUGACCAAUCAUCUGUACCUAAAAUCGAAAAUGCGGAAGAGUCCAAGGCCAUAAAUUCAUCGGAGGAAGUUGUCAGCACAAAUAAAGUCAAUUACUCAUAUUCCGAUCUACCAUAUGGAGUAAUGUAUUUUCAUGUGAAAGAUAUAAAUGAAACUAACUGUAGUGACCAAGGUUUAGUCUAUUGCUAUCCUCGACCCGUCAAUGAAAAUUUGAUUUAUAAUAUAAAAGGUGCUCUAGUGAUGUUGUAUCAAUUACUUUCUGAUAUAACUGUUUCUCCUCUUACAAGCUCGAGUGUAAUAGUGAAAAAUAAUCUCUGUCAUAUAGUGUUUACCCCUCAAAAUUUUGAAUUAAUGGUCCUUUUCGUUCCAGAUUCACGAUGUUCUCGGCCAGAAGCUUUAGCAUUUACAAAAGAUGUCGUUUGCUUUCUUCAGUUUAGCUAUCAAUCGCUGUCAAGAUGUUUCUCCAGUCCGCAGAACCACGACACACUCGAUCAUCUAUUUUCAGUGAUAUUUGCUCAGUUACUAAGUAAAAGCUCCCAGUUGUCAUCAACAGGUGAAGAAAAGCUGUCUGUUUUAGAUUCAUUCUCUUGCUCCUUUGAGCAAUUUGCGCCAGCGGCUCAUCGUUUACCCUUGCCAAGAGAUGCGCAGGUGCAAAUAGAUGACGCCCUCAGCGAAUUGGAGUCCAAUGACUUUAGUGAAAUCAGUGAUGCUCAUUUUGGAUGUCAGCGGCUUUACACAAUCGUUGGAACUUGUCUUUUCUACAAGAGUUAUCUACUAGCCACACAUCUGAACCAGGAUGAUUUGGUAGACGUAGUUUCAUUUUGUCGCCACCACAAUUUAUUGAGGACAGCACGAGAUGAAGUCAUAAAAUCAAUGCUUGUCUGGCGAGAGGUGUACCUGAAAUCUUGCGACCGUGGAGUGACAAAGGUCUCAAAUAACAGCUCAUCCUAUAAACUGCCUAAUGGUCGCUGGUUUCUUCUCGUUGUAGGUCUGGGCCAUGAAAUGUUGGCGGUUUUGCUGGAGUCAGGCGGCUGCACAGUGAAAGCACCUGAAAAUCCAUCUCCAGAUCCUUUUUACGUCAGGCAGGCCCUUGAAACACUGGAACAUAUUAUUAGAACUGGAGUCAUAUCGCUGGUUGAGCAGUCGGUGCCACAGCAAGAUGUAAUGCACGGUCUGGCCUCAAAAUUGUCCUCUAAAUCUGCCGAUAGCUUGUUGGCAUCUCAUUCAAAUUUCCUAAGUAUGAAACAUUCAGACCUGGGCUCGGCAAGUAGAAUAUCCGCUGAGAGAGUAUCUCUAACAGCAUCUUGUGGGGGAGAGGACACGUCGAGCAGCAUAACGAGUGAUGUUGGAUCAGCAGCUCCCGGACCAGUACUCGGCCGACGCGCUUUAAGAGAAAAGGCCCUGUCUAGUUUUGGCGAUUCCAACAGUCACCACUUUGAUUCAGAGUAUGACCUCUCUGAUUCAGACCUCACUCCUUCACAGACGGAUUUGGCAAAUUUGGAUUCCAGCUUCAUUUCAAAAAGUUCUAUGAACAGCAAUGAGUCAAGUUUGCCGUUUAGGAUAAGUACGGUCGACGCCAAUCAUUUAUUCCACUUCAUUCAACUUGAUCGAGCAGAAGGAAUCCUGUUGUCAAGAUCGAAUUUAGCAGGGACAGGCUCAUCUCAAAAACUAAGCUUUGUCAUAAAUAACUUCACCAAGUGCGUUUACAACAUUCAACGGAUAUUUGAGAAUAGCAUCAAAUUCAAACGAAUGAACGGAUUGGAGGUUAAAGGAUCUGUCAUGAAUAACUCGCUCAUUGCAAUCAAAGAGCAGGGUAUUCUCUUUGAGUAUCCCCUCAAUGAUAGCGAUUCGGAGAAGAAAGUCAUGUUAACGUACUGGGUCGUUGGGCGGUUGUUCUUCCUCCCUCAUCCUCGGGAGAUAUAUGUCUGCUACGAGGACACUGUACCACAAAAUAUGGUCGAGAUUGCUUUCCGAAUCGCUCUUAGUUGUGUCAGUUGAUGAGUAAAAAUGAUUGAAUUUGCAAAACCAUCUCAGUUGGGAGCGUGUCUCACAGGCAUUGCCAUGUACAAAGUAAUUUCCAACUCAUAUUGCAGGCUGCACAGGACCUAGUUUUACUUGGUCUUUUUGAGAACUAUUUGCUACGAGUUACUACGUUAAAAAGGGUAAAUAAAUAUUGUACGGUUCUUUGAAAAGGAUUUAAAUGCAUAGAAAAAUUUAAGACAAUAUCCAUCUGUACAGAGAAAUUAAUACCAAAGGUAUUUUCUUUUUAAUUUGUCAUUGUUUUGGCUCUUUCUUGAUAUUUACCACCCAUGACUAAGUAUUAGCAAUGCAGCAUUCUGCUUCUGAAAAAUUUCGUUGUUCGUGCCUUGAAACUUGCCAUAUUUGCCAAGAUAGUUUGUAAGACAACAUAAAAAAUAUAGUGGUAUGAAUACUCAGGACAAAUGAGUGCCUUAAACUUUAGUGCCGUCCAUUUUUGAUUGAUGAUAAUUUUCCACUUGUAAAAUUAAUUGUUCAGUACUAUUUUUGUUAACUGUGCCGUCCAAAUAACUUUAUACCAAGAUACAACAGUUUCACUGAAACUAAAUAAAAUUUAAAAUUUCAA